AUGCAAGUAUCGACUGUCAAUACAAAUGGAGUUAUUGUUAUUAAAAUCGAGUAUCUAUCAUGUUCACCAACAUUCACAGUUCGUUCUCGUAAAGCGUCAAUAAUUUUACAAAUUGAAAAGCUACAAGAUCUAGCAUUAAAAGACUAUAUUAAUACUUCAUGUACAGGAAAUCUUGAAUAUGAAAUUCCUGUUGAAAAGUUAGACGGCGACAUAGUGUUUGAUUAUCAAUCAAUGAAACAACAUUUCGAAAAUGGUCUUAUUACUAUAACAUUAUCAGCUUUAAACGACGAAUUUUAA